UCUCCGCGUUUGAGAAAUGACUUCCUUUCAGUUGAGCUGCCGUGCGGUGCGUGAGAAACACUUCCUCAAAGAGAGGGAUGACUGAAGUCUAUUCUACACUGAGCCAGUGUUGUCACUUCAGUGGAACCUAAUGCAGCCACCUUUCCAUUCAGAGAGGAGUCGAGUGCGACUUCACCUUCUUUCCAUUCAUUCAGGGCAGGUCGCAGGGGGCAGCAGUUGACAUGAAGAGGUCCAGGGAUACUGAGGUGUGCUGGUCUGCCCCUGGGCCUCCUCCCUCCUGGACCACCUCAAGUGCCCUCUCCUGAAGAGGCUGGUCACAAAGUGCUGGAGUGGACACCCUGGAAAGGUGACACGUCCAGGACACCUCAACAAACAAGCACUCAAACCAAGUGCCCAUGAGUCUGUUAUGCUCUUCAUGCCGUCUGCACCCAGAAGUUACGUCACUAAAAUCUGCGAACAAAGAGGCUUACUGGAGCAAAAGGUUCUGAAAGAGACUUUGACUCUCUGAAGAAAGACGACGUCUACGAGAACAACAAGCUGGUGAGGCGCGUGUGAGGCAGCGGCAGCUUUAACUCUGGACAUGUUUCUCUCCGACUGACUCUGCAGCGGUCAAGACGCUGAAUCAUUUCAGAGUCACCAUCUCACAUCGAGGUGGAGGGUCAACGCAACAGUCGUCCUCCUGUGAUCAAACAAAGCCUGUGACCUAGAUUCUCAUCUCUAUCUGUCUGCUGCUGGUGGAUCUGCCUGCACUUGCUCUGCUCCACUGCAGUUCCCUGACUCACAGCCAAGUUGUGCUUUCUCUGCCGGGUGCGUUGUUGUCCCGGUCGUAAUGUGCCGCUCCACAUGUGCAGGCCUUCUCCGUGGCUGAGGCACAGCUCGGCAUCCCGGCACUGUUGGACGCAGAAGACAUGGUGGCGCUCAAGGUUCCGGACCGACUCAGCAUCCUCACCUACGUCUCACAGUACUACAACUACUUCCACGGACGCUCGCCCAUCGGCGGCAUGGGCGGCAUGGGCGGCACGGGCGGCGUGAAGCGGCCGGCUGGGAGCAACAGCGAUGAACCGUCCGGUAAGAAGAACCAGCCGGUGAGCGCUCAAGUGUUCCAGGCUCCUAAAGCGGCCAGCGAGAACAUCCCUCCGCCUUCCUGGAACGUCUCCAAACCACUCCCAGCGCAGAGGCCCACCCCGCGUGCCGUCCAGGAGGCGCCGGCCAGGAGAAACCACACGACUGGUACGCUCAGCAACAAGUGCACCACCUGCAAUGGUCACGUUCAUCUGGUGCAGCGACAUCUCGUGGACGGGAAACUCUACCACAGACAGUGUGCCAAGACUCUGUCUCUCACCAACAGCAGCUCGCCACUCAGAGAUCUGCCCAAAAACACGCCUCCCUCCACAGCCUCUCCUCACACGGACCCUGUCAAAGCCACAUAUUCGCCGGUGAAACCGGCCAGACUGUGGACCGCUCAGCUGCCGGACCCCACCAGAACUCCCUCAGACGCCAUUUCCUCGUCACCUCCCGCUAAAACGAGUCGAACUGCAGCGGCCUCUAACGGGUCCGGGACCAGUUCGAGUGACACCAGCACCACUUCCAGUCCGUCGCUCAGCAGCAGGCCCACCCCGGCUCCCUGGACCUCCACCACUGCGGCCAUCACCCUGCAGUCCAAACUGAAGUUUUUCCAGCAGGAGGACGACAAACGAGCGGCCACCAAGCCAGAACAGAAUAAAGUGUCGCAUGUGACCACCAAGCUGGAGCCAAGUCAAGUGACCCCCAAGCCAGAACAGAACAAGGUGUCAUAUAUAACCACCAAGCCGGAGCCAAAGAAAGACCCGUAUGUGACCACCAAGCCGGAGCAGAACAAAGUGUCACAUGUGACCACCAAGCUGGAUCCAAGUCAAGUGACCACCAAACCAGAACAGAAUAAAGUGUUGCAUGUGACCACCAAGCUGGAGCCAAGUCAAGUGACCACCAAGCCAGAACAGAACAAGGUGUCAUAUAUAACCACCAAGCCGGAGCCAAAGAAAGACCCGUAUGUGAGCACCAAGCCGGAGCUGCACAAAGUGUCACAUGUGACCACCAAGCUGGUGCUGAAUAUGAACUCAAACUUACCUAACAAAAAAGAGUCACAUUCACCAGCCAAGCUGCAUCAGAGCAAAGUGUCAAAUGCGACCACCAAGCCCGACCUUGAUGUAGUAUCACAUGUAACCACAAAACCGGAGCCUAUUAAAGUGUUACUUCCGACCACCAAGCCAGAGCCGCACAAGAGUUUGCUGGUGACCAUCAAGCCGGAGCCCAAGGAAGUAUUACGCGUUACCCCAAAACCAGAGCCAACUAAAGUAUCACUUUUGAGCACCAAGCCGGAGCUGCAUAAAACCUCCCAUGCAGCCAAAGUUCAGGAAGCAAGAGUCAAUCUCCCCGUCGUCCUUAGCGUCGCUGUCGCCGAGGCAGAGCAAGACAGGACUCAUCUCAAAGCGGGUGCACAGGAGACGUCGGCGGCCGUCACAGGAAAGGACGAGGACGAAAAGAAAAAAGCAGCAGCGGCUUUCAUCUCUAAAAAACUGGCCGAGGAAAACACCAGACCGGAGUGGACUGGAGUGGUGCUGAAGAAAACGGAGAAACCCUCUGAGGUGGUGACCCCGAAGACGGCGCCGGUGAGGGGAAGAGUGAAACUGAGGCCCCACCCAGCGCUGCUGGCCGACCUGAAGCCCGAGCCAGACGCCCAGAACUCUGCCUCUGAACUCAGACCCAGAACCCCAGAGAGGCCUAGAAGACCUGCGAGGCCCACGACCCCAGACAGAGGAGUCCUGAAGACCAGUCAGGCAACACCCAGCUCCUCAGCCUCAGACAGCGAGUCUCCUGCAGACUGGAGGUCCAGACUCAAGCCUCUGCCCAGAGACUCGAAACCUGCAGCCUCUCCUCAGGCGUCUCCCAAACCCUGGAGAGCUGCGGCACCUGCCGCCCGGCCUGUGCCCCCCCCACCUCCCGUUCACGUCUCCGUCGCUCCUCCAGCGCCGAAGAACGCCCAGACAACAGCCCAGGCUUCCACAUCGCCGCUGACUAAGAUGAAGCCCAGCCACGUGCCCAAAGAGCAGAUCCUGAGGGAGCUGCAGCAGAUCGAGGACAGCCUGAAUGAGUGGGAGAGAGAGGGAGUGGAGCUGGAGAAGAAGCUGCGCUCCAGUGAGGAGGAGGGUGAAGACGACUCGGUCAUGGAUGAUCUCAUGGUCCAGUGGUUCAACCUCAUCAGAAACAAGCAGGUGGCCAUGCGCCGGGAGUCUGAGCUGGUCUACAUAGGCAGAACCCAGGACCUGGAGGAGCAGCAGCCCAGCGUGGAGAAGGAGCUGCGCAGGCUGAUGGAGAAGCCAGGUGAGGAGGCGCCCGGGCCGAUGGCGCUCAUGUUAAACCCGUGCUGGUCUGCAGAUCAUCUGAAAAACUCCUGGGAGCGACGCAGGGAGGAGCAGCUGAUGGCCAAGCUGAUGGAGAUUGUCAACGACAGGAACGCCAUCGUGGAGGGGCUGGACGAAGACCGACUCAGGGAGGAGGAGGAGGACGAGCAGCUGAACCUGAUGAUGAGGACCCUCAGCUUCAAGAAGGAAAAGCCAAAGAAGAAGUCUCCCAUCCCCAAAUGGUUCAGCUGGGGCGCGAAGAAAGAAGGCUGAGAGUCUGUGGAGACUGCGUUUAUGGACUAGAAGGACUGUCGCGGGGUGGCAUUUCUGCUGUGAGAUUUUCAAGUCCAUGAAGCUGGAAAGGCUCGAUGUUCGGGAGUGAGAGCUAGUGUUUGGGUUGACCACAGUCAGUUUUGUUCGUGAAACACUCGCCACGUUUUCAGUCUUGUCCCGAUGAUGAUCCCAGCUCCAGUGUUUCCAUCAGGAAUGUUCCGCUGCUGACACACACAACAGGUGACAGGCAAGUCCUUGAUGUGAGGUUCACUUUUACUCUUCUGUUCUCCUCGCUCACGCACACUAUUGCUACCUAGCUACACGUGAAUCAUUUAAUAUGGUUCUCACUCCAACCUUUAUUUUUGGAGCCAUUCUGUCAUCCACUGAUGGUCAUAAUGUUUGGUCAAGAGUCACUUGAGAAAGGCAGAUUUGAACGCUCGGGUGAAGGCUUGUGAUCCACGUUGGAUCUGGUGGCUGGUGUGAUUCCCCUCAGGUGAGCAGGCAGGCGAACUCAAAGAUAUGUGCACAUCAGCAAAAGCUCGGUGUUUGUAAGUAUUUGUUCGUGCAGAAGUCUUUUUAAGUUUUUUAA